AUGCGGAUCGCUUACCUAAUGACUUUAUGGCCGCCUGUCGCAUAUCGUAUGGUGGUCACAUUGUUCAUAUCGCUGGCCACCCAGGCUCUUGCGCAUCCUGACGACCGGGCCAUCAACAGCGCUCUGAAGCACCAGAUCGAUGCAGUCUGCCAGCUUGCAGAAGAAUCUCUGCCUUUGAGCGCACACUCGCGAAGCACCAUCAACGCUCUCGUCCACAUCUUGCGUUCACUUCAGGACUUCCGCGUCAAUGGUGACCCCGUGUCGGAGAAACCCGUCGGACCUGGUUCGAUCCUGAUCAGGCAAGACGGAAAGUUCCGACACGCGAUCGGGGUGGUCCACCUGCUCGCGACCAUCUGGCGUUCAUGCAAGGAUGGGCGUUCUAUCGCGUGGGCGAUAGAGUACGGCGUGCUGCCAAUUAUGCGCCAUGUCCAGUAUACCGUGGACAUCCACAAACGUCUCGUCGACGACGCGAUCUGGUUCGUCGCUCAAAGCACCUUCCAUCUGCGCGUGGCGCGCGCGUUUGCCACCGAGGAUCGCGCCUUUUCCUUUCGUUGCGCGGACUAUAUGCAUCCGCGCUUGAUCGCCACUAUGCGUCAGAGGAUCUCGGAACGCGUGAGGUCCGCGUCCCACAUAUAUACUCAGGACGUGUGCUCUAACCAAACCUGCACCCAUCGGAAGGCCGAACGCAAAGUCCGCCGUUGUCCAUGCCUCAACGCCGGAUACUGCUCGAAGGAGUGCCAACGCGCCGAUUGGCCCGUGCACAAGCAUAUAUGCAACGACAGCCGCGUGCACGUCGAUCACAUGCGCAGCCUGGGUAUCUCUAUACUAUCAAAGCGCCGUCUCAUGGACGUGUACUUCAUCGGCGUCUGCGCCAGGGACUAUAUUUUCGCGAACGGUUCUAUAGUCAUGAAGAGCAUCGACGACUUUCUGCAGAACACGCCACCCAUGAGGCCCGCUCAUGCCAUCAUCCUCAAGGUCGACGUCGCGCGCGUGCAUUGCGAGUACACACUCUCUGUCACCCCCCUGGUCACUGAGACCGCCGGCGACGAGCAGGGGGACGCCGCGAGUGGUACGCCAUCGGGUUAUUGGCGCUACGAGGUUCCGGACGAUCCUCCUGGCACGGUCAACAAGGAAACGCCCGUGCAUAUCGUAGCCAAGGUGCUAGAUACGGAGAGCGGCGAAGGGAUACAUGUCAUUGCGAUAGGUCUGGCUUCGUUGCGGCUUUCUGCAGGCACGCGCGGGCGAUGA